UUUUGUUGUUUUUGUGUUGUAUAAAUUGUUUGGGUGAAGAUUUUGCGUUUUUUAAAUACUAAUUUUGUUUCUAUAUUACUUAUUACUUAGCUACUGAUCUUUUUUAUUAGAAACAAUGAAUAAUAUAGAUGAAGAAAUAGAUUUGAAGUCCCCAACAGAUGCUGCCUUUAAUAACGAAUCAAUAGAUCUGGAACAUGUUAAACAAGAAAUAAAUAUUUCCGAAGAAAAUAUAAAUGGAUCAUCAGAUAAUAAGUUUGAACUUGAUUUGCAGGCUGUUAAACUUACCAACAUGGAAGGCAAUAAACAUGAAAUAUAUAUUGAAACCGGUGUAGCAGCUGAUGAUAAGUUAGAGAUGUUAAAGCAAACGCAGAAAUAUAUCCGUAAAUGUCCCAUUUGUGGCAUCCUAACACGAAAUAUAUCGCGACAUAAGAAAAUUCACUUGGCACCGGAAGAACGACAGUUGUUUGCAUGUACAGACUGUGGCAAGAAGUAUACAACAAAACAAAUUUUACAACAUCACCUUGAGACCAAUCAUUUUAAUCCCAGGCCAAAGAAUGCGCAGAGAGAUAUGCAUAAAUGCUCCAUUUGUGGCUACCAAACACGAAAUAUGUCAUAUUUUGGACGACACCAGAAAACUCACUUGGCACGAGAAAAACGACAGAUUUUUGCUUGUGUGCACUGUGAGAAAAAAUAUACGUCAAACAGAAACUUAAGACGUCACGUUGAGGAUUAUCAUCUUGAUUCCAGGUCAGAGGAUGCGCAGAAAAAUAUCCGUAAAUGUUCCAUUUGUGGCUACCAAACACGAAAUAUUACACACUUUGGACGACACCAGAUGAUUCACUUGGCACCAGAAGAACGACAGUUGUUUGCUUGUGCAUUCUGUGCAAAGAAAUAUAGAAAUAAACAUAACUUAAAACAUCACAUUGAGAAGAAGCAUAAUGUUUCCAGAUUGAAGAAAGUGCACAAAAAGAUCUAUAGAUGUUCCAUAUGCAGCUACCAAACUUUACGUAAGUUCCAUUUUAAAGUUCACAAGAACAUUCACUUGCCACCGGAAGAACGACCGAUGUUUCCCUGUGCGCAGUGUGACAAGAAAUAUACGUCAAAUACGAAUUUACAAGAUCACGUUAAGCGUGGGCAUUCCAGAUUGAAGGAAUCGCAGAAAAAGGUCAGAUGUUCCACAUGCGACUACCAAACACGACGUAUAGCAAACCUUAGACGCCACGAGGCAAUACAUUUGGCGCCAAAAGAACGACAGCUGCUGUGUUGUACGCACUGUGACAGGAAAUAUAGAACAAAAGGUUUCUUAAAACGUCACCUUGAGAGUAAUCAUAUUGGUUCCAGAGACGCUGAUUGUAUACCUCCCAUUGAAGAAGCGAUAUUAGAUUCUUUAAAAAUAGAAAUUAAUGAUCACGCUCCACUUUCGGAUGAGUUUAAAAAUGCUGAAUGUCCGGCUGUGACUAAUGAAGUAAAAUCAGACGAUUUUAUAAAAACAGAACCUGAUGAUGUCGGUCUGAGUCUGAAUAAAGACAUGUACGAUGACUUUAAAAAUUCUGAAUGUUUAUCUGAAACCAAUGAAGUAAAAUCAGAACCUGAUGAUGUCGCUCCGGUUCUGAACAUAGCCAUGUACGAUGACUUGAAAAAUACUGAAAAUUUAUUUGUUACUCAGAAAGUGAAGUUAGAAGAUAUUAUAAAAAUGGAACCUGAUGAUGUCGCUCCAGUUCUGAACCAAGACAUGUACGAUGACUUGAAAAUUGCUGAAUGUUCGGCGACUAAUGAAGUAAAAUCAGAACCUGGUUAUGUCGCUCCGAGUCUGAAUAAAAACAUGCACGAUGACUUUAAAAACUCUGAAUGUUUAUCUGAGACCAAUGAAGUAAAAUUAGAAGAUUUUAUAAAAACAUAACCUGAUUAUGUCGAACCUAUAUUAGUCUGAAUAAAAACAUACACGAUGACUUGAAAAUGUAUCUGUAACUCAGAGGGUGAAGUUAGAAGAUUUUAUAAAAAUGGAACCUGACGAUGGCGCUCCGUUUCUGGAUGAAGACGCAAACGGAUGAAGAAAAUGUUCAAUAUCAUAAUCUUAAAAAAAUUAACUAAUUUGUUUAAUUUUCAUAUAUUUAUGUUGUUACGUUGUUUUUUACACAAUUGCAAAAUUUUAAAGCCUUUUUUAUAUAUUUUAGAAAUUAUACUGAUAAUGGGAAUAAAUGUCUCGAAAAUUUGACAAAU